CCGGGCCCGACCGCGGCGCCUCCGCCUCCCUGCUGGGUCAGCCGGCGGCUCCGCCCGGCUGCCGCCCAGGAUGAACAUCAUGGACUUCAAUGUGAAGAAGCUGGCGGCCGACGCCGGCACCUUCCUCAGCCGUGCUGUGCAGUUCACUGAAGAAAAGCUUGGCCAGGCUGAGAAGACAGAAUUGGAUGCUCACUUAGAGAACCUCCUUAGCAAAGCUGAGUGUACCAAAGUAUGGACAGAAAAAAUAAUGAAACAAACUGAAGUGUUAUUGCAGCCAAAUCCAAAUGCCAGGAUAGAAGAAUUUGUUUAUGAGAAACUGGAUAGAAAAGCUCCAAGUCGUAUAAACAACCCAGAACUUUUGGGACAAUAUAUGAUUGAUGCGGGGACAGAGUUUGGCCCAGGCACAGCUUAUGGUAAUGCCCUUAUUAAAUGUGGAGAAACACAAAAACGAAUUGGAACAGCGGACAGAGAGCUAAUUCAAACAUCAGCUUUAAAUUUUCUCACUCCGUUAAGAAACUUUAUAGAAGGAGAUUACAAAACAAUUGCUAAAGAAAGGAAACUAUUACAGAAUAAGAGACUGGAUUUGGAUGCUGCAAAAACCAGACUAAAAAAGGCAAAAGCUGCAGAAACUAGAGCUUCACAACUAAAUUCAGCUCGCCUUGAAGGAGAUAACAUUAUGGUAAAUUUCUCUUACAUGCUCAACUUCCUGCAUGUAAAAUGGCUGAAGAUUUGGGCAGAGGAAGUGACAAAAUCUGAACAGGAAUUAAGAAUAACUCAAAGUGAAUUUGAUCGUCAAGCAGAGAUUACCAGACUUCUGUUAGAGGGAAUCAGCAGUACACACGCCCAUCACCUUCGCUGUCUGAAUGACUUUGUAGAAGCCCAGAUGACUUACUAUGCACAGUGUUACCAGUAUAUGUUAGACCUCCAGAAACAACUGGGAAGUUUUCCAUCCAGUUACCAUAGUAACAACAAUCAGGCUUCUGUGACACCUGUAUCAUCUGCUUCAUCAAAUGUGAUUGGUUCUUCUGCACUGACAUCAACAAGUGGCCUAGUAAUCACCUCUCCUUCCAACCUCAUUGACCUUAAGGAAUGCAGUGGCAGCAGGAAGGCCAGGGUUCUGUAUGAUUAUGAUGCUGCAAAUAGUAGUGAAUUAUCACUUCUGGCAGAUGAGGUGAUCACUGUGUUCAGUGUCGUUGGAAUGGAUUCAGACUGGCUAAUGGGCGAAAGGGGAAAUCAGAAGGGCAGGGUGCCGGUAACCUACUUAGAACUACUCAAUUAAAUAGGUGGGCUAUUACCCAUCAUGACACCAUAUUUAUAUACAGUUAACUCUAAAUAAAGCAGGUUUAUAAGUAUCGUC